AUGCAGCACAUGCAGCGUCCGACCUGCACCAACGUGCGCAUUCGAUCCACUCAAGAUGCCCACCAGAUUUUCUACGCUGUUCAGCUGGGCCUACUACAAAUGGUGACGAGGCGAUUAGAUGCGGACGAGCGUCUUGCCUUACGCUCCGGGUGUAUCUACGCAUGGGAGGAACGGGGGCCGCACACAGAGAUAACAGGCCUGGGCAUCGAAAGAUUCACGGAGGGCCGACGUUGGAGUCCAUCACGGGUCCGAGACGAAUUUUUAUUCUACUAUGAGAAGUACACCCCGUCAACGGACGGUAAUCAACGAAGUUCCGACAGCAAACCCCCUCCGCGGGAUUGGGACCCUCUCGUCAAGCAGACCUAUUCAGUCUAUGUGGACACAAACAAAGGUCGUAGAAAAUGGCAUCUGAACCAGCUCGGCACCGUAGACGAUAUCGAUGGCGUCGGCAAUCUUGAAGUCCCAGACGGCCUGUUCAAGAGUACACGAGUCGGCAAGAACAGGAAGAACGAAGAAUCUGGUCGUCCUGGCGAAUCGUCGAGUGUGGGACCAUCUAGUGCUCCCUCCCGCACAUACUCUGCCUUCCCAACUCCAUAUUCCAACCACCUGAGCCAACCAGGCACGCCGUCCGGCUCUCAAUCUCUCCACAUGUACCAACCAUACCCAAAUGCCAACUACACACCAGGCUAUCACUCUCCCGUCUAUUCCCCCGCGGCGGCUCACAGAACAACGUUGCCUCCCCUUAGUAGGAACUACACAUCGCCCGACCCUCCCCCACGACUUUCCCCCGCUGCCGGGCCUCAGUACGGUGAAUACAGCCAGCCUCCCGCUUUGUCGGAACGAAGCUGGUCAUCUACAAGCUCUACGCAUCGCAACUCGGAUGCGUACUACUCUGAUGAUCCCAAUUCUCCAGCAGGAUCAUAUCGUUCGCUCGCCCCACCCCAUUCCCACACAUCCCAGCCUCCGUCCCAGCCACAGUCUGUGUAUUCGGCUGACUCCCCUCGAACGCCAGUGGAUGCCCAUCAGCCACUACCACCGUGGCCGGUGACACUGGGAACGGAGAUUAAUCGAUCUGAUGUUCGCGCUCCAUAUUCUUCACGGCAUUACGUUACGGACAGGUCGUACACAUAUCUCCCUCCCACCGCUGUGGAUUCUCAUCCUUCCAUUCCUCGUGCUCAUUCCCCUCACGAUCACCGUCCAGCUUCGAUAAACUCUGCCUUCGCGACGCAUGCUGUUCCACCAAUCGUCGUCCCGGAGGCUACAUACGAUGCCCCCUCACCAACGAGCUCGAUGGAGUCCGACGAGAGGCGCGGAAGCGUCGGGCCCAGCCGCCGAGUCGAUCUUGCGCCUCUCCAUGCACUUCAACGCAGCCAUCCGUACCGCCGAGACCCCGUUGACGACCGCGCCUUGCGACGCCUUGGCCCACGAUCCUCCUGA